AUGAAGAAUCCCGGAUUGACACAUUAUAUCGCAGAACAUGCUCAUCCGAGUUUGCAGAUGGCAUGCCAAGAGCUGGAAUUCUCGAUGUCUCGAAUCAACAACGUUGUCUCCCGACUGAUGACGUCACAGGGAAAGAACAUCGAACAGGAUUACGGUAGCCUUGAAGCCCUUGUCUCUGUGUUGAAGAACAAUUUGGUGAUGGUUUCGACGAUUUCACGGGCGUCCCGAUCGUAUUCGAUUGGUCUAAGGAAUGCGGAUAUUGAGCUCGCGUGGGCGACGAUUAUUUGUUCCAGACUCUCUCGUGCCACGUGGUUUGAGCUCGACGCCCUGUCGGACCUAUUCGGUCUGGUCCGUUUCAAUCCGUCACUUUUGAACGCUGGACGGGCGGUGUUUGACCUUGGAGGAUAUAUUAUCGAAUCGCCAUUGGAGAAGAAUUGGUAG